UUUAGGCAGAGGAAGGGAAAGGAAACCAGGUUCGAUUGAUCAGUGCGGUUGUCACAAUGCUUUUACUAGACUAUGAGAAUGUUCUGAUCCGGUCGCUUCUGACCGAGCGGUUCUCUGGAGCCCCGCCAGUGUCCAUCGACCAGAUCGUGUCGGAUUUCGACGGUGUUACGUUCCAUUUAUCUACCCCUGAGUCCAAAACAAAAAUUCUCAUCUCUCUCAACGUAAAAUGUUUCCGCGAAUUGGUUCAAUACGGUGCCCAGCAGGUCCUGGAACGGGAAUACGGCCCUUACAUUGUCACCCCCGAGCCGGGUUAUGACUUCUCCGUCCUAAUUGACCUAGAAAACCUUCCUGCUGAGCAGGAGGCAAAAGACGAUCUGAUAACGCGCCUUGCGUUACUAAAGCGGAACGCAAUGGCCGCCCCAUUCGAAAGAGCAUUCGACGAGUUCGCGAAGCUAUCGGAGGAGGCCUCUCACUACACCUCGGAAUCAGCACCCCAGGGGGUCAAGGAAGGGGGAGAGGUUAUGGCGAUCCAUUAUCGAGAGGAGGAAGCAAUUUACAUCAAGGCUGGCCAUGAUCGGGUCACAGUGAUCUUCAGCACAGUCUUCCGGGAGGAGACAGAUCGUAUCUUUGGCAAGGUCUUCUUGCAGGAAUUCGUCGAUGCUCGACGACGAGUUGUGACGCUGCAGAAUGCACCUCAAGUGCUCUUCCGAAACGAUACUCCCUUGGAGCUGGCGGGCGUGCCUGGUCUCCAGGACUCUGGAGAGGGCAAGAUCAGCUACAUCACCUUUGUUCUCUUCCCCCGUCAUUUGACCCCACAGCGACGCCAGGAAAACAUUUCUCACAUCCAAACCUUCCGUGAUUAUUUCCACUACCACAUCAAGGCAUCCAAGGCAUACAUCCACACAAGAAUGCGCAAGCGCACUGCCGACUUCCUGCAAGUCCUCAACCGAGCGCGUCCCGAGAAUGAGGAACGGGAGAGGAAGACCGCCAGUGGACGUACUUUCAGGGUUCAGGCAUAGCCGGACAGACAACAAUGACAUCCUUAUCUUUUAUUUGUAUAUUGUGCCCUGAAAAACGGGAUAGGAGCAUUCCGACAUAGGCAAACCAAAUAUCAGCUGUUCCUCGUGUAGGUUGCAAAUAAUGACUAGUGCGGACAUUUUGUAGCCAAAAAGGGUGACAUGAAAAGGGGAAACAAUGAUGGCUGUAGUCAGUAAGGAGGCAGCGCAUCUUCUUCCAUUUACAUGGUACUUGAUCAUUCACGGCCAUCAUUUACCGAAUUGUUUACUUUGAUUAGGACUAGUGACGGAAGAACCAGA